GUUCAUUUCAUUCUAGCUGACACUCGUCGCUGCAAUCCAUCCUCUACAAACCCAUUGCGUCCAGGUCAUCCUAUAUCCGCCGAGAGUAAAGCCGGAAGACAGACCAUUCCAGUCGCUACUGAGGGCACAGCGCCUUGCUUUCCGUCUUUCUUUGUCCUUGCAACCCUUCGGCGAGCACAGCGCAGCCUGCUCUUUGAGACGAGCUCGACACCCGCAGACAGGCAUCCUUCGACGAACCACUCUCUCCCACUUCCUUCAUUAACAGCUCACAAUGUCGAACCCAUCCCAACUACUCCUGCUAGCCGACCACAUCAAACUCUCACUGCUGGAACGCCAGCGUGCCAUCUCCCUUAACCUCGACCCGAACCCAUCUCAAGACUCCAACAUCGCUCGCUCAUUAGAAUCCUUCCGGGAAAGCAUCGAAACCCUCUCCUCCAAACCAGACACCGACAGCACCGCCCUCGACCAACUACGCUCCCAAUACGCCGAUCUCGCGCGACAAUUCCAUGGCGAAUCGACCAACUCCGCGACCCGUGCGACAAUUACCACCCCAAACGACCCAUCCCUCAAAGAAGACUUCGCACGCGCCCAGACUCGCAAGUCAAACGACACACCUCGCUCGUCGAGUCUGCGUAAGCAAGAUCCAGCCUCGACUCCACAACCCCAAUCCAAGAACGUGCGGUUCCGCGACAACCCGUCGCAAGAAUCCCUUGAUACCGAAGACGAAGCCGCCCGCACCGCGCUCUUCCCGAGCCGAUAUACAGAUGACGAGGCCAACCGGGCCCAGACGCCCGACCCAACCGAGUCGAUGAACAACGUCCAGGUCCACGCGUACCACCAGCAGAUCAUCGCCGAGCAGGAUGAGCAGCUCGACCAGCUGGGCGAGAGUAUUGGGCGACAGCGCCAUUUGGCCAUGCAAGUGGGCGACGAGCUCGAGGGGCAGAUUGCGCUUCUGGACGAAGUAGACAGGGGCGUCGAUCGGCAUCAGAGUAGGCUUGACGGGGCGAAACGACGGUUGAAAGUCGUGAGUCGGCGUGCGAAGCAGAAUUGGGGCAUGACCACGAUCAUCGUGUUGAUUGUCAUAUUGUUGCUGUUGAUUGUGCUUUUGAAGUGAGCGUAGCGUCUUUGAUGUAUAUACGGAGUAUAAUCCCCGAAGGAUGAAAGAAUUUACGGUACGUGGCCCGCGUAUGGAGAGAGAUUCAAGACGGGUGGCUGAAUACAAGAGGGCGGCUACGAGGCGAUGCACAAAACUCAACAGGGCCAUGAGCGGGCGGCCAUAGCCGAGUGAAUGAAGGAUAGGGCUGUACAUUUUGAAAGCGUCAUAUCAUAUCAGGGCAAGAUAGAUUUGCUGCCACCAUGCUGCUGUUGAAUGUCUCGCUUUGGCAGAAUGAACUCGAGUGGUGCAUGUGCAUGUAAAUGUACAUGUACAUUGACCUCGCCUCGGCUUGAUCAUGGAUAGCGUUUUCUCUAUCUCCCAGGUAGCUGUAGAGCAU